AUGCAGCCAGAUAUUCCUCACCGACAAACCCACGAACAGGCUCCAGAUGAGUGGAAACUAGAGCAAGGUCUCGAGCCCGCUCGUCUCGGCAUCCGUAACCAGAGCAGCAUCCAGAUCAACACAGAGCCCCAUCGGCUCAACCCAAGUGACAACGAAGAACUGAAGGGUUCCGAUAUCCCCGAGGACCCGGAUCUCGACGUUCAAGAUGAGCGGCCCGGUUGGAAAGGUUAUGUUGAGUGGGAAGACUACCCAGAGAAGAAAGCCAAGGCUCAUCAGCGCUUCUCACGCUUCACUUUUCCCCCUCCGCCUGAGUUUCAGUUAGAGCCCCUUCCAGCAACUAACCCUGUUCUUGAGGGCAAGAGAUGGAAGUUGUGGCAUAAAGCUAUUGGGGGAGUUCUGGAUCAGGUGCCGCAGAUCAGUUGGGAGACUGUUCUCAAGGAAAAACACCCAGAAAUGCUUCAUCUUCUCGAGUUCCCUUAUAACGGAGAAGCGCCCAAGAGCCUCCUGACCAAUGACUACAUCAUGCCAAACGAGCUUCAUUUCGUCCGGAAUCACGGUGGCAUUCCCGACAUCGAACCAAGUGCCUACGACAUCCGUCUCGAUGGACUCAUCAACGACCCCAAGACGCUUACACUUGCAGACUUGCAAAACGAAUCCCUCUUUCCAAGAGUGAGCAAAGUCGUGACCAUUCAGUGCAGCGGUACUCGUCGCUUCGAGCAAAUCGUCGAGUAUCCAGGCGAAGGCGACGAAAUGAUCAACGCCCCCUGGGCUGAAGGCGCUAUAGGCACAGCGAAGUGGACAGGCGUCAGUCUGAAGAAAGUCAUCAAGUACUGCGGCGGUCUGAAAGAUGGCGCCAAGCAUCUUGAACUCUACGGCGCGGACACGUAUUUCAAAGGAGGCCAGUGCAUGAACUACGUCGUGUCGGUGCCGUGGUCAAAGGUCAAGGCGAACGAGGUCAUGUUGGCUUGGGAGAUGAACGACAAGCCGCUGCCAAAGAUUCAUGGUUUCCCGUUGAGAGCUGUUGUUUUUGGGUAUAUUGGGGCAAGGAGUUGCAAGUGGCUUUAUCGGAUCAAGGCGAUUGACAAACCGAGUCUUGCGCCGGUACAGAGCAGGGAGUAUCUGUACUUCCAGCAACAGACUGGCAAGCAUAACCAGCUUCCAACCAUGGGUAUUCAGAUCCAGGAGAUGCCGGCAAGUCCCCCACUGCGAGUUCCCGAGAAGCUACUGACUCUUCAAGGCUGGGCAUACUCAGGCGGAGGCCGCUGGCCCGAACGCGUAGAAAUCUCUUCUGACGGCGGCUACGUAUGGUACGCCGUGCCCAUCGAGAACCUCUCUCCCAAGCACAAGUUCGCCUGGCGCACCUUCACUGGCAAAGUCCCGUGCGACCACGAAGGUUGGACUGAACUCGUUGUUCGCUGCUGGGACAAUAGCCUGAACACGCAACCAAUGGAGGUUCGGCACAGCUGGAAUUGGAGUCUGCAUGUGACUAGCAGCUGUCAUAGAGUCAAGAUUUAUAGUGUGAAUGCAAAGAGGGAAGCUACGAGGAAGAGAUUGAAGGAGUUCGAUGAGCAUGGGCAGGGGUUUACGCCUAUUACUAGACCGACGGAGUUUGUGCCUAUGAGUUUGGAGGAGUAUGAGAAGGAAGUUGCGAAUGUCGAGCCAAGGGAUGUUGAGGAUUAG